AUCCCUCACAGUUUUUUGAACCUAUAAGGAUAGAUAUGUUAUAGCACAUAGCCACAUGCAUUUUAGCAUCGUAAUGGCUCCAAAAACUCUUUUUGGUCUCCUCAUCUUUCUCAUUCUCCUAGUUUCUUCCACUGCUUUUUCCUUCCAAUUCCAUGGCUUCAAUAACACAAAAAACAAUCUCACCCUUGAAGGGGAUUCCAAAGUUGUGGAACCCCAAGGCACACUUAAACUCACCGAAAGAGUGAACAAUAUUUUUGGCCAUGCAUUCUACAACGAACCCAUCAAAAUGAUUGAGCAAACAAAUGCUUCAUCACCCCAACCAAAAGUUUCUUCCUUUAGCACAUGCUUUGUUUUCUCAAUUGUGUCACCAAGCUCAGGCCUUGGUGGCUUUGGUCUUGCCUUCACCAUAGCUCCCAAAACCCAUUUCCCAGAAGCUGAAGGUGGCCAUCUUCUUGGUCUUUUCAACUCUGCUAAUGACAUGAACGCCUCAAAUCAUAUCUUGGUGGUUGAAUUUGAUACAGUGAAUGGCCACAAAGGUGAAUUUGACACUAAAGGAAACCAUGUUGGCGUGAACCUAAAUGGCAUGCUCUCAAGUACAAUGGAGCCUGCAGCAUACUUUAAAAGAGGCACAAAGGAAGAGUUCAACAUGGAGGAGGCUGAUGCUGUUUGUGCUUGGAUUGAAUAUGAUGGUGAAACAGAAAUUUUGAAUGUCACAAUAGCACCUUUCAAAGAACCUAAACCAAGCAAGCCACUUAUAUCCGAAUUCAUUGACAUCAAAUAUGUUAUGAGGGAAAACAUGUAUUUUGGUUUCUCAGCAUCAACAGGUAAGAUGAAAGCAAGCUCUCAUUAUAUUCUAGGGUGGAGUUUUUCAGUGAAUGGAGUAGCUCCUCCACUCAAUGUUCCACUCCUUCCAAAGCCACCACCAAAGGAGAAAGAUUCAUCCUCUUUUCCUUGGGUCAAGGUUGUAAUUUCCAUCUUGUCUGCUUUGACAUUUACCUUGUUGUGUCUUUUAUUUCUUGUGACAUACAAGAGAUACAUGAGAUUUGAAACACUUGAGGACUGGGAGAUGGAUUGUCCUCAUAGGUUCAAUUAUAGAGAUCUUCACAUAGCAACAAAGGGGUUCACAGAGAGCCAGCUGAUAGGAGUUGGAGGAUUUGGUUCUGUGUACAAAGGUGUAUUACCUAGUACAGGAUCUGAGGUUGCUGUUAAAAAGAUCAUGAGAAGUCCAAUGCAAGGAAUGAGGGAAUUUGCAGCUGAGAUUGAAAGCUUAGGAAGAUUGAGGCACAAGAAUUUGGUCAACCUUCAAGGGUGGUGCAAGCACAAGAAUGAUCUACUCCUAGUGUAUGACUACAUUCCAAAUGGAAGCCUUGACUCUCUCUUGUUCAACAAAAAUUUUGCUUUGGAUUGGGACAAGAGAUUCAACAUUCUCAAAGGUGUGGCUGCAGGAUUGUUGUAUCUUCAUGAAGAGUGGGAGAAAGUGGUGAUCCAUAGAGAUGUGAAGUCUAGCAAUAUUCUAAUAGAUGGAGACUUCAAUGCUCGUUUGGGUGACUUUGGACUAGCGAGGCUUUAUAGCCAUGAACAAGUGUCACAUACAACAAGUGUUGUUGGCACCAUAGGGUAUAUCGCACCAGAGUUAACUAGGACAGGAAAAGCAUCUGCAAGCUCUGAUGUGUAUGCCUUUGGGGUCCUACUCCUUGAAGUGGUGGCUGGAACAAGACCUGUUGAGUCAUCAGGUCAGUUUUUGUUGGUGGAUUGGAUUCUUGAGAAUUCCCAACUGGGUCAGAUUCUUGAAGUGGUUGAUCCUAAGCUAGGUUCAGUUUAUGAUGAGGAACAAGUGGAGUUGGUGCUCAAACUGGGUCUCUUGUGCACUCAACACAAAGCUGAUCAUAGACCCUCUAUGAAACAAUUGACUAGGUACCUAAACUUUGAUGACCCUCUUCCUCAUACCUCUGAGUGGAGACACUGUGAUUCUCAAAGCAGCACAACAAGCUUUGGUUUCUUAGAAGCCAUGAAUUCGGGUAUGAUUGCAUCAUCACAGAGUUUAUCCUCCAUUGGCAGGAGUACAAUGUCAAUAGAAGAUUGUAGAUAG